AAACCUCGGCUGAUAAGAUGGAUCCUAUUACUACAAGAGUUUGAGUUGGAGAUCUGAGAUAAAAAGGGGUCAGAAAAUAUAGUGGCAGAUCAUUUGUCAAGGAUUGAACAACCAACCUUGGGAAGUGAAGAGGAAACCCAAAUCAAGGAAACCUUCCCGGAUGAGAAAUUGAUGAGAGUUAAAGAAGCACCUUGGUAUGCAGAUAUUGCAAACUACUUGUCAUCGAGAGUGCUCCCAAUUGGCAUGGCCUUCCGGCAAAAGAGGAAGUUUUUCUCAGACUUGAAAUAUUAUUUUUGGGAAGAACCAUUUCUGUAUAGACAUUGUGCUGAUAAAAUGAUACAUAGAUGUGUCCCGGAAGAGAAGAUGGAGAUUUAGGAAUGUGACCAAUGUCAAUGGAGUAGAAAUAUUUCAAAGAGAGAUGAGAUGUCGUUAAACAAUAUCCUAGUUGUUGAGUUAUUUGAUGUGUAGGGAAUUGACUUCAUGGGUCCUUUCCCAAAUUCUUAUGGGAACAUGUACAUUUUGGUGGCAGUGGAUUAUGUUUCGAAAUGGGUGGAAGUAGUUGCAUUGCCAUCCAAUGAUGCCAACGUGGCGGUUAACUUUGUGAGAAAGAACAUUUUCUCAAGAUUUGGGGUACCACGGGCAAUCAUCAGUGAUGGGGGGCCUCAUUUUUGCAGUAGGCAAUUAGAUGCACUAUUGGGAAAAUAUGGAGUGAAACAUAGAGUGGCCACACCAUACCAUCCUCAGACUAGCGGGCAAGUGGAACUGUCGAAUAAAGAACUUAAAGGAAUUUUAGAGAAGACAGUUAAUGCAUCUAGGAAGGAUUGGUCAAGGAAGUUAGACGAUGCAUUAUGGGCAUACCGCAUUGCAUUCAAGACUCCAAUUGGUAUGUCUCCAUUUAGGUUAGUAUAUGGGAAAGCAUGCCACUUGCCAGUGGAACUCGAGCAUAAGGCAUAUUGGGCAGUCAAGAAGCUAAACAUGGAUUUAUGAGUUGUUGGGGAGGAGAGGAUGCUGAAUUUGAAUGAACCCGAUGAGUUCUGUCAUGAAGCAUAUGAGAAUUCUGGGAUUUACAAGGAAAAGAUCAAGAAGUGGCAUGACAAGCAUAUCAGGAAGAAGAACUUUGAAGUGGAUGGUUUUUCAGGAUAUAAUCAAAUUGCCAUUGUGCUUGAAGAUCAAGAGAAGACGACAUUCACUUGUCUAUAUGGCACCUUUGCGUAUAGAAGGAUGCCUUUUAGGUUGUGUAAUGCACCAACCAUAUUUCAGCGAUGCAUGAUGUUGAUCUUUGGUGACAUGGUGGAGCGGUUUAUAGAAGUCUUCAUGGAUGACUUCUCUGUUUUUGGUUCGUCCUUCCAUAGUUGCUUAUCUAAUAUUUCAUUUGUUUUGCAGCGAUAUCAGGAGAUGAAUUUGGUGCUCAAUUGGGAGAAAUGCCAAUUCAUGGUACAGGAAGGAAUAGUGCUCGGUCACAGAAUUUCAAAGGACGGCAUAGAAGUGGAUCGAGCGAAAACAAAAGUGAUUGAGAAGCUGCCACCACCUGCAAAUGUUAAGGCAGUUCGGAGUUUCUUGGUGCAUGCGGGGUUUUAUAGACAGUUUAUCAAGGAUUUCUCUAAAAUCUCUAAACCCGUUUGCAAUUUAUUGAUUAAGGAUGUUCCUUUUGAUUUUAAUGAUGAAUGCAUGCAUGUUUUUCAAACUCUUAAGAAAUUGUUAGUGUCUGCACCUAUUAUUGUAGUUCCCGAUUGCGGAGUACCGUUUGAAUUGAUGCGUGAUGCUAGUGAUUUUGCACUAGGAGUAGUUUUAGGACAAAGAAAGAACAAAGUGUUGCAUGUAAUUCAGUAUGCUAAUGGUUAUUCAAGUUAUUUUCAGAUUGCGAUUGCUCCGGAGGAUCAAGAGAAGACGACUUUUACAUGCCCAUUCGGAACUUUUACAUAUCGCCGCAUGCCCUUUGGCGUUUGCAACGCCCCAACCACUUUCCAGAGGUGUAUGUUUAGUAUAUUUUCAGAUUAUGUUGAGCAUAUCAUAGAAGUUUUUAUGGACGAUUUCACAGUUUAUGGAAACUCUUUUGAUAAUUGUUUGCAUAACCUUACACUUGUUCUUCAAAGAUGCAUAGAAACUAACCUUGUGUUAAAUUCUGAAAAAUGUCAUUUUAUGGUUGACCAAGGUCUAGUUUUGGGUCAUGUUGUUUCAUCUAGGGGAGUUGAGGUAGAUAAAGCCAAAUUUGACAUUAUUCAAUCUUUACCUUACCCCACUAGUGUGCGGGAAGUUCGUUCUUUUCUUAGAUAUGCAGGUUUUUAUCAAAGAUUCAUUAAGGACUUCUCGAAAAUAGCAUUACCCCUAUGUAAGUUGAUGCAAAAGGAUGUGGUUUUUAAGCUCAAUGAGGCAUGUAAAGUGGUGUUUGACAAGCUGAAGGAACUACUGACUUCUACCCCAAUUAUCCAGCCCCCUGACUGGAACGUUCCUUUCGAGAUAAUGUGCGACGCAAGUGAUUAUGUAGUAGGCACUGUUUUGGGUCAAAGGAUUGGAAAAGCAUCUCAUGCCAUUUAUUAUGCUUCCAGGAUUCUGAAUGAUGCCCAAAGAAAUUAUUCCACCACUGAGAAAGAACUUUUAGCUAUUGUUUUUGCUUUAGAAAAGUUUCGAUCUUAUUUGCUUGGUACUAAAAUCAUUGUUUUUUCUGAUCAUGCAGCUUUGCGUUAUUUGAUGAUGAAGAUAGAGCUUUUGUCAUUCUUAUGCAUGUGGAGGUCACUUUGGAGCUUAGAGGACAACAAGGAAAGUGCUAGAAUGUGGUUUGGAAUUCCAAGAGCUCCAAUAAGUGAUCAAGGCACUCACUUUUGCAAUCGAACUGUGAAGGCUUUGCUGAAAAAGUAUCAUGUGACCCACAAGGUGUCUACUGCCUAUCAUCCACAAACUAGUGGACAAGCAGAAGUGUCAAAUCAAGAGAUCAAGUCCAUCAUUGAGAAGACGGUCAAUCCAAGUAGAAAAAACUGGAGUUUGCGUUUGGAUGAUGCCUUGUGGGCAUAUAGGACUGCAUAUAAGAUGCCCAUUGUUAUGUCACCUUUUUGUUUGGUGUUUGGGAAAGCAUGCCAUCUUCCAAUUGAGUUAGAACACAGGGCUUAUUAG